ACCAAGAAGAACCCAAAAGUGAUGGUGAAGAAAGAGAAGAAUUUAUUUUACAGGCGGCUUACUGCAAAGAUUGUGAGCGAAAAUUAGACUUAAAAGAUUUUAGUAUUAAAGAAUUAAGAACGAUUUAA